GGGUGAGGGGUAUGUACAAGGUUUACACGGAUCAUACGGGAGGACGGGGAUUUGUGCCUGUGAUGCCGACGAGCUUCGCUGGUGUACGGCUUACCUGUUGAUAAUCGCAUACGUCCUGGCGCGCGAGAAUCGGCGAUUCGCAACAGAGCGCGGUUCGUCGAGCGGAGCACUCGCGGUGAGUCACGUGCGCGACUGGAGUGUCGAUUCCCCGGUCGUGACGACGAACCUUUUCAUACAGAAACGGAGCACGCGUGCCGCCGCACACCUCGACGACGAGGAUAUACGCGCCCACGUUCCGCGCACCUUAAUGUUCGGAAAACGAGCGUUGUCAUUCGCGCUCGCACGUAGCACGGGCCGGACUCGCGAUGCCGUCCGGAUUCUAGAGGCUUCGCCCGCGACCAGGAGACUUUUCAGCGACCGUCCCAUCGGCGGCACCCACGAGGACGAUUUGAAGAUGUAACGGUGCUCCACGUCUUACCUGUGGAACUGAGUCACCCCCUCGGCUAUUUUCUUUUGCGAAGCGAUCAGUAUCUUUCAAGACGAGAGGAUGGCGGUGCGUAUCACACUGGAAUGCGGACACACGUCGGUGCUACGUGUACGCACCACUCCUGAGGGAUACACGCACGAUUGGGAGGUAUUCGUACGAGGAAUAGACAAUGCGGAUAUACAUCAUUACAUCGAGAAAGUGGUGUUCCUUCUACAUGAUACAUUUCGAAAUCCCAAAAGGGUGCUCAAAGAGCCACCAUUCACAGUGAAGGAAUCUGGCUAUGCAGGCUUUAUAAUACCAAUUGAAAUUUAUUUAAAAAAUAAAGAUGAACCCAAGAAGUUUCAAAUACCAUACGAUCUGCAGCUGCAGCAAAGUGGCCCACCUUUCAACAAGACUAUACGUCAUGUAGAAGUGAUUCGAAGUCCUUCUGAUGACUUUAGGAAAAAAUUAUUGAAAGGUGGAGCUGUUGUAGUGUCCAGUAGAGAUGGUUCACUAGAGAAAAGUGAUACAAAAUCAUCCACGAUGGUUGGUAAACCAAAAUUGAAUGGCAGCGAGAGCAAGAAACAUCGCGUUACCGAAACUAAAACCUCCAAUUCAUUUCAUGAUUUAUUUGGCCCUCCCAUAAAGACGGCUCCUGUGAAGAUAUCACCGGAAAGCAAAAAGACAAAUCAGUCCGAUAAGAAUUUAGUUCCUAAACCUUUGGCUGUUACUGAAAAAUCUGACAAAGUGGAUAAAACGACUAAGAUGAAGGAAAGUCCUCACAAAGAUAGUCGGAAGGACAAGGUAGACGAGAAAAAGGAUAAAAAGGUUCGAGAUAGUUCUAAGGAGCAACUCAGGAGUAAAGAGAAAUCUAAGAGACCUCCUAGUCCUGGAAAUAAGAGUCAUUUGAGUCCUGGAAGCAAGAGACCAGCAUCACCUGUUGUUACAAAGAAACCACUGAGUCCUUUGCCACCUAUAAAACGACCUCCAUCUCCUAAAUCAAAAGAAAAAGAUGUGAAAAAAAUUACGCAAGAAAAGGAGAAAGAUAACAAAGAGAAGGAGAAGGUGAAAAAUAACUCCAGAAGUGAUGUGGAUUCUUCUAAAUCGGAAAAGAAAAAAGACAAGAAGAAGCAUAAAGAUGACAGAGACAAAGAAAGGAAGGAUAAAUAUAAAGAAUCAGAAAAAACUAAUGUUAAAGAUGUCGCAAAAAUAAUCGAGAAGAAACCUGAAAAAACAGAUAAAACAGAGAAAUUGGACAAGGAGAAACUCCAGGAGUACAAAUCGUCAAAAGAUGGUAGAAAGUCCCCAAAAGCUGGGAAAGAGAAUGAUAAAGUGAAAGAUGAUAAGGCGAUAAAGGAGAAGACGGAGAAGAGCGAGAAGUCUGACAAAGUUAAGGAUGGUAGAUCUGACAAGGAUCGACCCAAACAUAAACACAAAAAAAGGGACAAGAAAGAUAAACGCGAUAGUAAGGACCGAGAGAAGAAGGAGAAGCGAGAUAGAAGUAAGGACGAAAGUGAUAAACAGAAUAACACAUCUUCGCUAGUCGAUAAUUCAUUAUCAAUUUUAACGGACAAUCCGGAGAGAGAUAGCAGUGAUUCAGCGCCUUCGGUGAAUGAUGACGAUUCAUUAUCUGAAAGCAAAUCUAUGCUUAAUAUCAAAAAGGAAACGGACCAUCCGGUAGUAAACGCUGUACCGACAGAAAUAACAAAACCACUUUCUCCUGCUAUAUCAGUGGAAAUAAAGAAAGACAAGAGUGAUCGUAGCAGACGAGACAAAUCCAAAGGGAGCAGAGGCGAAGAAAGAGAAAGUCGGAAGAGGAAGAGAAGCAAAGAGGACGACGAAGUUUUAGUGAAACGUGAGAAGAGCAGCAGAGGUCAGUCAACUUCUCCGCCUUUGGAGCCGGUUUCAUCGAGCCAGUCUCCAGUUGCGAUGGAUAUUGAUUCCAUUCAUCAUUCGGAAAAGGAGGUAAAGAAGGAGUUUAAGAAGGAAAAGGACGAUCAUAUUGACAAUAUGACUGAUAACAUGUUAAACGACACUGAUCCUGAACAAGUGGCCCCGGAUUCCACAAUAAAUAGUACCGAUGCGGAAAUCAGUGAACCGCCGGUGUUUUCCGAGGAUUAUGUAUCACAGCUGAAGGAUUUGCAACAUAAAAUAAUGACAUUGCAGGAUAAUGAAGAGCUACAGAGAGUUGUACAAGUAAUUGCGGAAACCGGCCAAUAUGAAAUCACAAAGAAGACAUUUGACUUUGAUCUUUGCGCAUUGGAUCGUAGGACUGUGCAACGUCUCCAACAGUUCUUCUCUGCAUCGUGACCAUCUGUAAUAUAAGGCAUGACAUAAUAAUUUAUAUAGAUAUAUUUGGAAGAUCAUAUAUUAAGUCAUACGAUUUUACGACGGACUUUUUAAAGAUGGAAAGAAAAGGUAGUAAUACAUGAGACCCCAAAA